AUGAAGCAACUGGUUUUAACUGUUUUACUGUUUUUCACGACUGUACACUGUCAAGCUACGACAAGUUUCAUAGUACAAACAAAAUUGAUUCCAUUCGGUGUUAUACAAGGUGAUGCUGUAUUGGAACGUGGUGAUGAUCAGAUCUCAUCGUCAAUCCGCAUUCCAAUACGUUUUCCAUUUUUCAAUGGAAAAUACGAUGAAAUCAAAAUUCAAAUCAAUGGUAUGAUAUUGUUUGGCAAUCAAUCAUAUCAAAGUGUGAGCUAUACGCCAAGACGUUUUCCUGUUGAUGAGAUCGUUUGUGUUGCACCAUUUUGGGCUGAUGUGUUAACAAGGAAUGAUUUACUCAGUAAUAUUUUCUAUCGUCAAAUAACAGACCAGGCAACGCUCAGCGAACUCGAUCGUAUUGUGGCUAAUGCGUUCCCCGCUCAAGCGACACAUCGAUUCAUCUGGGCCUAUGUUGUUACAUGGUACGAGGUACCCGGCUAUGGACUUUCCGCUAAUUUUCGUAAUACAUUUCAAGCAAUUAUAACAACCAACGGCAUCAAUUCGUUUGCUAUUUACAACUAUGAUAAACUGCAAUGGACGGUUGGAUCAGCUUCAAGUAGUGUUCAUGCCCAGGCUGGAUUCAAUGCUGGUGAUUUAAAAAACUAUUUUCUUAUUAACAAAUCAUUUACACCGCAAAUCGUUCAAAUUGUCGGCGAUUCAAAUGUUCAAUUUCCUGGUCGAUUUAUAUUUUCAAUUGGUGGUGACAUUAACGAUGUUGAAUGUAAUACACCUGAUGGAUUGCAAGUGGCACCAUUUCGUGGUUCGCCGGACGGUGGCUAUGAAAUAAGAUUAUAUGGUAUUUGUUUCAACGAAACAAACUACAUUGUUAAACUAGAUCAGCAAAUAUUGACCGGCUGUAUCAUCACCCCCACCUAUAUCACAUGUAUGGUGCCAAUGCUUUAUAAUGGUCCUACACUACAAAUUCAAGUUAGCACAAUUAGAAAUGAACUUAUUGCAACUACAGAUUUUUUUGUCGAUAUCCCAGAAGAUAAUUCAGAACUGCUUAUUCAAAGCUCAAACACAUAUGAUUCAUUCAUUGAAAUGGGACAAAAUGAUUCAAUCAUACUUCAAUUUAAAAAGGAUUUUGUCACGAAUAAUAAUAUGUUCACUAUUGAAUUACAUUACUAUGAUACAAUCUUCACAGAAAACUAUGAACUAGUGAGUAUUGUUCCUCGCCAACGCGUUCUCUAUCAAUCAGUUAAUUUGUCGUCGUUGGCAACAUUGACGAUACGUUAUAGAGAUAUUUUUGAACUUGCUAAGACUCAAGAUAACAUGGGGGAUCUUCAAGUGCAGCUCUUAAAGCUAACCUUUAAAAUUAUAUCAAUGUCAACGGUCAUACCAAUGCCACUUGCAUGGCUCUAUCGAGCAGUUACAUGGACAGCUAUCGCCGUAAAACAAACACGAACUUUUUGUGCAAAAUGGGAAGCACAGUUGCCACAACUGCCGCCACCAUCCACAUAUCAAUCUCAAGUCCCUCAGUGUCCAUGUCGUGUACCCGCUACCGGUCAAAAUCGCUUUCCAUUAACGUUUAAUAAUUUUCAAACGGAUUCAUUUUGCAACGCGCACAAACAAAAUACAUGCCAAAGUAACACUGGUGCUUCGCACUGCUAUCGUCGCUCAUUUAACCCUACGGGUCCUGGAGUCAAGUGUUGCUAUAAUACUAAUGGCAUGAUUAUAAGUAGACCAGAAUCGGGUGGCGGUGGUUUAGAAUUGCAAGCAAAUUCCGGUGGUUCAAUAAUUCAACGAAUCAAACAUGUAGUUUUUGACCAGUGGCUAUCCUGGGCUUGCUGUAAGCUUCCACAAAUGAUUACACAAAUAAGACCUGAAUCAUGUAAUAAAUUUCAUCAACAACGGCCAUCAUUUGAAUGUGAAAAUGUUCCUCUUCCAGUACCGAGUGGUGGCAACGGUGAUCCACAUUUUACAACAUUGGACGGUAUCGAUUAUACAUUUAACGGUUAUGGUGAAUAUGUUUUGCUUCGUACUCAUACUCUUCCAAUAUCUACAUCAUUGGAAAUUCAAAUUCGCACAAAAUCUGUUAAAUCUGAUUCAGAAGAUAAUCAAGCAACAGCUAUCGUUGCAUUUGUUAUUAAAAAUGGUAACUAUUCGAAAGUUCAGUUUGAACUGUUCGAUCAAUUGAAAUUACUUGAACUUCGAUUAAAUAAUCACACACUUGACAGUGACGUUUUCCUGCGUCCAAGUAACAAUGACGAUUAUAAUAGUGAAAUUUACCAAAUGCUUAUGGCAAUGAGUCGAACAAUUCAUUUUGAUAAUAAUCAAAUGUCAAUAACACAAACAAAUCGAACAAUAUUCAAGAUAACUUAUUCAAAUAAUGUUCAAUUAAUAAUUAAAAUACGAGAACAAUAUGACUUUUUGAAUAUAGUCACUAUUCUACCCAAACUAUACGAAGGCCAUUGCCAAGGUCUUCUCGGAAACAUGGAUGGUGAUAAAACGAAUGAUUUUAUUUUUCAAGAUGGUCAAACAAUUUUAUCGUCAACAGAGCAACAAAGUGAAGAACGUCAAUUUAUUUUUGGCCAAUCAUGGCGUGUUACACCUGAAACAACACUCUUCGCGUACAUAGCUGGAGAAAACUAUCAUGCACAACAGAAUCUUCACUAUCGGCCAAUAUUUCGCGAAGAAUUAGUACAACGGUUCCAAAAUACCACUCGAUUAGAAAGAGCUAAACAGAAUUGUCAAAAAAUAGUCGCGAGUAAAGCCAACGAACAAUGCGUCUAUGAUAUUUUGGUAACAAAUGAUCAAACAAUGAGUGAAUUACAUCAAGAUUUUCAAACAAACUUGAAUGAAUGGAAAGAAUAUGCAGAAUUAGUACAAAACGACCACGUUAUUAAUAUGGGAAUGCAGCUCGCAUUCAAUGAUAAAAUGAUUUUUUACACGAUCAUAAUGGUAUCAGCUAUAAUAUUCAUGUAUUGA